AUGGCAUCGACGGUAGCACAGGUUGCGGCCACAACAGCUGCUGCUGCCGCCUCUGCAACACCGAAAAACAGAGCAGCUCCGCAAGGCGGCAUAUUCGAUCACGCCAACCCGUCCCAUUAUGAUCCGAAGAACCCGCUUACCCUGUUCAUUAUCCAGGCCUCCAUCAUCGUGAUUUUCUGUCGGCUCUUGCAUUUCCCGCUCUCAAAAAUCCGGCAGCCCCGUGUGAUAUCGGAGGUUAUUGGCGGCAUCCUCCUAGGCCCGUCCGUGAUGGGCCGCAUUCCUGGCUUUCGACAGGCCAUCUUCCCAGAUGAGUCCUUGCCAAACCUGAACCUGGUGGCUAAUCUCGGCCUGGUGUUGUUUCUCUUCAUGAUCGGCGUCGAAACAAAUAUCAAGACCUUGAGAAAUAACUGGAAGGUUGCCGUCAGCGUUUCCGCGGCUGGUAUGAUCCUUCCAUUCGCGCUGGGUUGCGGCAUCGCGUAUGGACUGUAUCACCACUUUCGGGAUGACCCUGGCUUGGCACCGAUUGGCUUCGGCACCUACAUGCUGUUCAUCGGCAUUGCCAUGGCCAUCACAGCUUUCCCGGUUCUCUGCCGCAUCUUGACCGAACUGGAGCUGCUGCACACUAAUGUCGGUGUGAUCGUCCUAUCCGCCGGUGUCGGCAACGACGUUAUCGGCUGGAUCUUGCUUGCUCUUUGCGUUGCGCUGGUCAAUGCGAGCACGGGUCUGACUGCCCUGUGGGUCUUGCUCACUUGCGUUGGCUUUACCUUAUUCCUGAUUUAUGCGGUUCGACCCGUUUUCCACUGGUUUUUACGACGCACAGGGAGCCUGCAUGACGGCCCCAGCCAAUCCGUAGUUGCAUUAACCUUGCUGUUAGCCCUAGCAUCUGCAUUUUUUACCCAGGUUAUCGGAGUUCAUGCCAUUUUUGGUGGCUUUCUUGUUGGCAUUAUAUGCCCCCACGAUGGAGGGUUUGGCAUCAAACUUACAGAAAAAAUCGAAGAUGUUGUUGGAGCUCUUUUCUUGCCGUUAUACUUUGCGCUUUCGGGAUUGAACACGAACGUUGGCCUGCUCGACUCAGGCCUUGUUUGGGGGUAUGUCGUCGCUGUUGUGCUGAUUGCGUUCACUGCCAAAGUUGCCGGCGGCCUGUUGGCAUCUCGGCUCAAUGGCUUGUUGUGGAGAGAAAGUGCGACCAUUGGUGUGCUGAUGAGUUGCAAAGGCUUGGUUGAACUUAUUGUCUUGAAUAUUGGUUUCCAAGCAAAGAUUCUUAGUAUACGCACGUUCACCAUUUUCGUAGUAAUGGCGUUAAUUACGACUUUCACAACAACUCCUCUCACCUUGUUGCUGUACCCUGAGUGGUAUAGGAUCAAAGUGGAUAGGUGGAGACGUGGAGAAAUUGACUGGGAUGGGAAUCCUGUCGACUCUGAGGGCGACCAUAGCGGUGGAUCGUCUGAUAUUGUUCAACAAAAGGCACAUGCCUUGCCCAUCAGAAAAUUACUUGUUUAUCUUCGCCUGGAUAACCUCCCCAGCCUUUUCACUUUUGUCUCGUUGCUGGGUGCUGCUGACACUACAUCUGUUGAUGUGUCUAAGACGCAUCAUAGCCACGACGCCGAUGAGGAUAGAGCUCCAAGGGCUCCACAGAAAAAGCGGCCAGUGGAAGUCCAUGGCAUUAGACUGAUCGAACUCACAGACCGUGAUUCGAGUGUCAUGAAGGUCUCUGAAGCCCAGGACUACAGUUUCAGUGAUCCCAUCCUGAACACGUUCCGCACCUUUGGGCAACUGAACAAGGUCGCUGUGUCUGGUGCAGUGGUCAUUGCACCAGAGCAUGCAUAUGCGGAAACGCUUGUUAAUAAAGCUCGAGACUUUGCUUCUGAUUUUGUCUUGAUUCCGUGGAGUGAGACCGGCGGGAUGAGUGAGCACCAGAUCCCGCUCCUGGAUAAUACCGGGGACAAGUUCUCGCCUGGUGCGCAUAGCGCAUUUAUCUCCAAUAUCCUGAAAAACGCGAAGAACCACGUUGGCAUCUUUGUCAACAAUGGCUUUGGCGGACCCGCCUUGAACCAGCCGACACCAGGUUAUCUCAAACGCACGGUUAGUGGACAUAGUGUUUACCGAACUAAUGACUUGACGAUGCUGCCGUCGUCGGAUGCGGGGCACCACAUCUUCCUACCCUAUUUCGGCGGGAGUGAUGACCAGGUCGCGCUUCGUUUGGUACUGCAGCUCGCCAAGAACACCACGAUAACGGCUACGAUCUUGCGGCUGGCGGUGGACGAGGAAGUGAAAGGGGUGGAUUCUCCAUCUGAAACCGCGCCGCCACUGGCUCACCGGCUGUCUCUUUCCCCGCAGGAGCGGGAGGCCGACGCCGCGUUCUUCAAUACUAUCCGCGAGUCCAUGCCGGCCGAGCUCGUAUCCCGGGUUAUUUUCCAGACAGCCCAGGCCACGGCGGGCGAGAUGGUCGCGGCAGCGCUGCAAAAUGCCAAAUUGGACGUCGGUCGGUCGAAACAAAACCGGGGAGAUGUCGUCAUUGUCGGCCGCCGCAGCGUGGUGCCCGGCGUGUCUCAGUCGCAGUCCUCGUCGUCUGGAGAAAUUGGCACAGAGGCGCGACGGGCAUUGGGUGUUCUAGGUGAGUCGAUGGCGCUCAAGGCGCACGAGGUGAGGGCUAGUGUGCUGGUGGUCCAGGCUAGCUUUGAAGGUUGA